AUGAGUACCUACAUACAAGGCGAGAGUUUUCUGGCGCCCCGCCCAAUGCCUACGGAGCAUAUAGAACUCAUCUACGAGCGGGCGCAUCCAGAGUCCCCUUGUCGCAAGCUCGCCGCCGAUGCAACUAUAUCGCAAAUUAAUGCUGCUGGUCAGAUUGAUAGGAAUAUGGACUUGGUAGAACAAUGGCCGUCCUUCCUUGAAGACAUCUUCAAGGGACUCCGCCUUGGUCUGGACCUGUCUCUUGCCCACAGGCCAAAGCCUAAGGGAGCCUGUGAGUACCAUGUCCAUGAUACCAAACAUCAGCCAGAGGACUGUUCGGCAGCGAGUGAAACUCGAAAGUUUAUACUGGACGCCAGUGCUCCGACGAAGCAGAAAUUUGUUGCGAUACUCCAAAAUUCGGGAUGUUCUAGUGGUGGUGGUUCUGAGAACAUUGGAUCGGGAGAUGGUGACACAACUGCUGGGUCAUCUGGUGAAAUAAGAUAUACAACGUAUCUUCCAAACACUGGGUACACCACGAGAACGUUAGGAUACGAUGAUACUCCCGGUGCCCACCCAUACGACACCUUCGGCCGCCCGGGUGAUACCAUGGAUAAGGGGAGACCGUGGCUAAAGGGAGGUGGCUUCGGCCAAUCGCCAUCACAAGCUUUUGGCACGGCGAGCGUUAGUAUCAUUUGUGGCUUUGGCAUCACUAGCGGUCCGUUUGGUACACAGAGACCAGCGUUUGGCACUGGCGGUCCGUUUAGUCACUUUGUGGGCGUUUCUGCUUCAGCUUCGACAAACCCAACCACAACAGAAGCCUCUUCCUCAUCUGCCCAAGGCGGUGGACUUGGUUCCAAUGGUACUAAUAUUUUAUCUCCGCAAGCAUCGGCUACUGCACCCCUCUCAGCGAGCUCAAGCCUCCCACAGGCUCCAGUUUCUACUGAGCCUACCGUCAGCCAUAAUUUGGCGGCUGCACCUAAUACACCCGCCUCAACUGCCUCCCCCGCUAUAACGAAGUGCGGGUAG